GGUUCGAUCGACUUCCAUUUGUCUCCGAGCAUUCCGUCGACUAACGUCCAGAACACGCGCUCCCUGCACCGGUGCGAAUCGAAUCCAUCGCGAGGAUGCGCGACGCCGCCCGUGCACGUCUGACCUAAUCACGAGCCCGAUUCUCGCGAGUUACCCGCGAAAACGCACUGCGUCGUCCAACACUUACGUCGCGGGAGUUACUCGGGUUUAAAGAUAUUGUCGCGUUCGCGUCGUCCCGUGAUCGUUGGUGAUCGUGAUUUGUGCGCGAGGGCACCGCGAACCGACCAGGACGAUCUGUGCACUUCCGGUCGACUGAAAUGAAACAUUGGAUAAGGCUCGUCUAAGAAGUCGCAAGAAUGGCGCGAAGAUUUUCGUGGUGCACGUUGGUGGCAUUGGUGGCGCUGCUUUUCGUCACAACCGAAGGUCUUCGUGAACGCAGUACUCAGGUCGACGAUCACAACACUCACGGUGCUAGAGAUCGAGGUACUCAGAGGUUUAAUUCUAAAUCUCCGGAAGAACCGACACCCACAUCGACCUUGAAAUUCACAAGGUCCCAAUCGACGCUAGACAGACCAUCGCAAUCGAAGAGGUCUUACAUAGAGAGGCCCAGCGAAGGAACUAGUCCCAAGUCUACCGUCGACUCGAAAACGAAAUUCGAAUCGAACAAACGUUCGAACUCCCGAACGACGGGAACGACCGAGAGAAAUGGAUUCUCAGCGGUGACAGAAACGACGAACAGUUCGAGAAGGAGCUACUCGGGGAAACACGGUGCUGAAUCGAAGAGGACGGAAUCGAUCAGCGGCAGAAGCGGCAAGAGAUACUCCCCGGAGAACAGCGAAGCAACGAAAUCAAAAACCGACGAGCAGAAAAGAACGUUCGCCAGACGGUUCAGCAAUUCAGAUGUUACCGAAAGAUUGGACAACAAAGGACCGUCUGUUUUUACGGCAACCACGGAAUUAUCGCGAUCUAGGACUGGGAGGAAGAUUCAAACGACUUACACACCGAAGGAUCUCAAGGCGCAGAUACCCUCGGCCAGGAGAUACAAUAAGAAGCACGCGGACGUCGAGGCGACCACGGACGCGUUCAAAAGAACCGAUGGGAGAGGCAGAUCCACGACGGAAAAGACAGAACGAAUCACCAGAUCCGGUAGAUCAAAAGCGAAUAACAGGGAGAACAAUGCUAUUAAUCGCAAGGGACAGGAUACUCUUCUCUCGGAGUCCGAGAGCGUCAGAGUCGACAUUCCUUUGGCAGUCGAAGGCACAGAGAACCCAAUAGUGGAUGUGACUGCUGGUUUUACCGCUUCCUCUCAGAGGCAGUUUCCUCCAGAGAUCAACAGAAGAUCGGAUACCAAGGAUUUAUCCAGAACCAACGUACGCACGGGAACCGAGAGGUCGAAGAGUCGUGGACGAUCGAACGAUUCCGAGUCGUCCAGAAACGGCUCCCGAAGAGGAGCGUCCAAGUUCAACGAUCACACGACCACCGAAGCGAGUGAGCAGACCGUUGGAUCGAGACGAAACAGCGUUUCUAGAGAUCGUUCGAGAGGAACGGACGCGAAGAAAGGUUCCGCGAACGAGUCGCGAUCCAGAUCGAGGGGUAGAAAUUUGGACAGCAUCGUGAAGCCCACCUCGACCACGUUCGAAAGGGACGUCAAACGGAAGUCGCCCGCGGGGGACAGAAAUCCCCCGGAAAGGAGAUCGAGGAUCGCCGAGACCAACGCCAGAAGUUUUGAAAGCCGUGGACAGGAUCAGGAUGGGCGUGGGAGGCCUAGAAAUAGAUCCAGAUUGGAUUCUACGACGUCUGUUUCAUUAGACGUUACUACCAUCGCUGCACCAGACACGACAAUUUCCAACGACGAGGUGUCUGUUUCUACCGAAUCGGAAAUUGCCAGCACUACUGUGAAGCCUGUAGCUUUGGCUACAACCGUAGGAAAUGCAAGAAUAGCAGCGACAACGGCGAGACCAUCUUUAGCUACCACCGAGGGGCGAAACAGACGAAGAGGCAGAGGGGGGAAUCAAGGCAGAGCCGAGCAGAAAGAAGAUUUCUUCAAUCAUGGAUUAGGGUUCAGGGGUCGAAAGCUUUUACCGGACGUGUCGCCGUACCUGGGCCCGUCGAAGAAGCCUGUACCGUCGCAAAACGACUCGCAAUCGUAUGGAAAUCCCGGCUGGGCGCUCAGAAGGCGACCUGGUCACUCGAACAGCUCCGAGGUACCCCCUAAGACGUCGAUCCCCUCCGCGAGGGAUCAAACGAACGAAGUGAUCCCGCCGAACGAGCAAUCGACGAGCACCGAAACUGUAACGACCACGGUAGAAAGUUCCUCGACUACCACGAGAAGAGGCUUCAAGAAGCUACAGACAAACGCGGAAGAAAGUUCAACGACUGUUGGCAUGACGACGAAGGGUUUUAGAAGGGGUAACAAGACACACGAGAAAAAUAGAACUGGAGGAUUUGGCAAGGCCGACGCGGAGGAAAGUGAUAAUUAUCCGCCAGAUUUUAAAGCAAGAUUGUCUCAACUGAAGAAUACGAACACGAAAAUACCAGCCCCGAAAACUACCUCCAGAACACCUUUGGAGGGUCAGCUGAAGAAUAUGUUUGGUCGACGUUCGAGGACCAACUCGAAGACGUUCGAGCUCGAUGACCUCGAUACCGCAGCUUCAGGAAAUAUUUUGACGAAUCAAAGUUUAAUCGUGAAUCCGUUAACGUUGAUAAAUGGCACAGGAUUGCGACGCGUGAAAAGAACGUCCGCCGCUCUGUUCGCCGAAAGAUCGAAGAUGAAGCUGGAUCUGGCUAGGAGGUUAGUGAAGCCAGAGUUGAACAUCGAGGAGAACGAUCUCGACGCAACCACGGCCUCCUCUUUCAGCAAAUCGAAACCAGCGACCGGCAAACCGUCGAUCGCCGGGACGAGCAAGGUCGCCAAGUUCACCAAGCCGGGCGCGAACGAGCGCAGACAUUCGAUCGAGAACUCGCGGGAGGACUCGAAACUUUCCAGACUGAGGAAAGGUCUCGAGGACCCGUCCAAGGUUACCAUCAGACCGUUCACCUCGAAGAAAGGACGAAUAAUAUCCGAGAGAAUGGUCACUUCGAUCUCGAUCGAAGAGAAAGUGGAGGACGCCACGAAACCGUACGGGACCACGGAUCCAUCUGUCAUCACCGUGUCCUCGGAAGAGGCGUCGGCGACUACCCUCGACUCGACGAGGAUACGCCCCGGUUCUCGCAAGAAGUCCAAAGAAGAAGCGUCUCGCGAGAACAGCAGCGAUUCCGUUACCACUAUUAAACCGAAGAAAUCGAGUAAACAAAACUAUGCCCAUCAGCCGCGUAAUAGAAAGACGCACGACAGUCCCGUGACCCCGACCGAAAGAACGUCGAAGGAAUCGCAAGAGGAAAACGUUAUUCAGAAAUCGAAAUUUAGCAAUGGCGUUACCAAACCGAGCUUUCGACCACGUUACAGUAAGAGGACGAAGGACAACUCGUUAGAGGAUAAGACAACGGAAGUGGCCGGUACCACGAGGCUACCGGCUGCUACCAGCAGAUACUCCAGAAAGAAGGCGGUGGUGAAGUCUGUGGAAAGCGUGCAGAAAAGCACAUCAGAGGGACCAGUGAUGCAGACGAGGAAGGUCGAGUUUAGGCCAAGGACCGCGACCUACAGAAGACAUUCUGAGGUCCCUACGACCUUGGUCGAAUCCACCACCAAGAUAGACGGCGCUGGAGUCGCCAUCACUCCUCGAUCGCAGAGGUACCACUCCAGUUUGAAGUCCACGUCGCCGUCCCCUCGAUCGGUACCGCAGGAACCACAGGUGAAUCUGCAGAUAGCGAACGACACCGUGCAGCAAACGCCAGGAAUUACCGGCAGCAGCAACGGCGACAGCGGCAACACGAACGUCUUCAGCCCCACCAGAAGCGCGUUUAUAACCGGAAACGCGACGCUGCUGGAGCAACUGAGAAGCACCGUGGCGCCGCUGUUGAGCUCACUCGGUAACAAGACGCCCGUAUUUUCUGGCUCCUACAGCAAUGUCAACAACGCGAAUUCAGCCCCCAGAAUCACGCCAAGCGGAGGGCCGCCGCGUUUUAGCGCGAGAUACAAAGGCGCGGAAUUGUUUAUCAGAAAGCAGAAUAAUAUUUAUCAGCCCACCGUGCCAUCGAUCACUAGUUCGUCCACCACGCCAGUCACACCCGUAGAGAAUUCCGGCUCGGCACCACCGAUCGACGUCUCGAGCCCUGGCGAGCCUCGAUUCUUCACCAUUUACCAGGCGUUGGAGUCGGCUAGCAUCAAGAACGAACAGUUACUAGGAAACGCAAGCGUACAGGGAGAACAGCAAGUUGGCAGGGUCCCUCAGGUAGACUUUAACGCCACUGUCGCUAACGGAACCAGCAACAAUUCUAACAAUGACACUACAAGCCCGACCAUGAGCCCACAGACCCCAGACACAACCACUAUUCAGGAUAUCACAUUGAUCCCGAGAUUAUCCGAGGAAACGGAGAACUCCACCUCCGUGGUUAAUACAGGGGCCCCCGAAACACCCUCCACUACCGAACAAGUAUCCACCAGCACUGUAUCAUCCUCCAGUACUGAACAGGUCACCACAAGUACAGAAUCAUCCUCCAGUACCGAACAGGUUACCACAAGUACAGAAUCAUCCUCCACUACCGAACUGGUAUCCACCAGUACGGAAUCAUCAUCCACUACCGAACAGACCUCCACAAACGCCGAUUCAGCGUCCAUGCCCGAACAAGCCAGUACAGAAUCACUCCCACGUAACACAGAUACGACAACAACAGCCGCCGGAACUUCGAAUUCCGUUGCAGAAACGACCACCGUUCCAGCGAAUCAGAAUCUUGGAUCGACCACGACCGCCACCACAGAUAUUCCAGCUGUUACCAGCGCGGUGCCUGAAAGUAGUUCCGAUUUGUACGGCAGCGUUCCACAGACCACCACCACGGAUGGUGCAAACAUUAAUACAACCGAGAGUCCGGAGACUAAUACUAUACAAUCGUCGGAUGUAACUUCGACGCAAGCAGCGGACGCUAGUUCGGCAGCUGCCACUACGACUGAAUCGGAAUCGAAUAAUAUCAUCGAUGCAGAGACAACCACGACAACGCCUAUAGCUACGUCCACGUUGAAGAGUAGACUGAUAGACUUUGCACAGGAUAUUUUGUCUCGUCUGCAAGCGUCUUUGAACACAACUACUGUACCAAGUCAGGAUAUCACGACGACGAUAUUCCCGGAGAACGAGAUAUCGAACGUGAUAUUGGACUCGAACAGGAAGAGUACUUUGGAGGUUCUCGCGCAGUUGAACAGGGUGGAAACGACGACUGGUCAGGGGGAAAUGGGAACGACCACGACCAUGUCGCCGGUUACGAUGGAUCAGCCCGGUUUGACAACAACCGAAGGAAUGACUACACAAAGCGCAGUAGGUUCAGUUAGUACUACGUUACCUACGACUGCGACCGAUCAAUCUAAUGCAGUCGUAACCACUCAAGAAGACAGCAUGCAGGACGACAUAAACCUAGUCACAACCACUACAGCACCAACAACAACACAAGAUUCUCAAACAGUUUCGAACAGCGAUUCAAACAAUUUUACAAAUCUCCCGUUAGACGUUGAAGUAACUACCGCUUCGACGGUUACUUCUACCAAUGACACUUUACUAACAGAAUUAAUGUCCAUCGCCAAGACGCUUCUCUCGGAAGAAAUAAGCGAUAACGAGGAAUCAGUGUCUGCUCAAAACUCAAACAACACUUCUAGUUUAACGAACGACGUAUUAGACACGACUCAGGCUGCAGAAUCAUCGUCGAUCCCCCCAGAUGUUACGACAGAAUCCGUAGAGUCAACAUCGACCACUGUAGCAAUGCCAGAAUUAACUACUUCCUCCGACGAUCCUUCCCAGAACGAGGUGGAUUCCGUAGACUUCACAACGACUGGUUCACCUUCAGAAAGCUCUUCCGACACGCCCACUACAACCCUCCAAAGCAAUGUAGUAGACAACGAGGCAGAAGUUGCGCAAACAAAUCAAACCACAUCGUUAGGACCCCUUGUCGAUACCGUAGAAUCAACCACCCCCUCGAUUACGACAGAAACUGAGACACGAGCGACUAUCUCGAGUAGAAUUUUAUCCGAUAUCGAAACGGGCCUCGACACAACAACACAAUCUCAGACAACUACACCAAGUACAAUAAUGACAGUCACGCCUACGGAGAAUCUUGAACUAACCACUAACAGCGACGAUUUAGCAUCGAACUCGAUGACCACGACCGAGACUCGAACGUCUUCUGGACAAACCACAGAAGCAGUCACCGAAUCUACAGAAACCGCAGCACAACUAACUAAUCUCACAAUAGUAACGUCACAGCCUGUGAUGGACACUAGCACUAAUCAACCCGAAGCAUCUACGACGAUCACGGUCCCUGAAACUAUCCCUUCCUCUGUAAAUACGAUGACCACGCCGUCAGCAUCCUCCGAAUCGAACGUUGAACAAACCACGGUGGUGCCCGAUACAGAAUUAGUUGAGAAUGUAACGAGUAACGUAGACGUUGAGACUAACCAAAAACUAGAGUUGGAGUUAACGCCAACGACUACAGAAACGAUUGGCGACGAAGCGACCACGCCAACGAUUACAACCACGGCGCCGCUGGAUGUUAAUUCAACGGAUGUCACUGAGGCUACUACUAACCAGUCCCCUCUAACAACCAUCACAGAGCCCACAAUGGAUAUAACUACUAACACGCCCGGUGAAACGACAAUCAUCCCCCAAACGACCCCAAACCCUGAGAACGAAACUCCAACUGUUGUUGCCCGUUUCCAGGAUACAACAUCAGCAACCGCCCAAGGGACGGCAGGUUCGGGAAUCGGCCAAACGACCGAGAUCACAUCCUCCCCUGUCACAGAAUCCUCUGCCGUUUCAUCCACCGAGUCCCCCACUUCUUCUAGUCCCGAUUCUUCUCUCAUUACAACCACAUCAUCUUCGGUCGAGACAACGACAACGACGACAACUACGACCGCGACAAUGACGACGACCUCGACGACCACUGGACGCCCUUCUGACGGGGGGACAUCAACGCCUCAAACGACGACAAUGCCAACGAGAACGGACGUCGUCACUGUGAUGGCGGUGACCGAGACAACGGUUCCCAUGCAGACCACCACCGUCGAUAUAAACGAGAAUCUCGUGUCCACCGAAGCUUCCACCAACGCUCCGGGGACCACUGUUUCGACGAACGCUGGAGGAAGUGCAGUGAACGCAUCAGGUAGUGCAACGACUACGCAAGCAACGCCUGGGAUGACGAUGCCCACGAGACCUUUGAGCGGUCAGAUCGCUCAGGCUCCCACGACACCGUACUUAGGUCGAUUCGGAGGCAGCAGACUGACGCCAGCUCCACGCUUCAGUCCAAGCUCUAGCACCAGAGCGCCUCUGAGAGAUUACUUGAUCUAUGGAAUUUAUCCUAACAAAACGAUCGUUAGGAAGCGACCGGAGGACAACCUGAUCGACGCCAGGAACGUGGACAGCCCGUACGUGGUAUUCGGUAUCUUCCCGGACGGCAGGCUGGUCCGGAAGUUCCCGAACGGGACGAUAAUACCGGAUCCACCUAGGAACCCGGUCGAGGUUGUGUUCUCACUUAGCACUUCCACUACCACUAACAGGCCACCACCCAGACCGUAUUAUAACCAGGUUAACCAAGGCACUUACAAUCAGUAUCGAGGCCCCGGCAGCGUUAAUCUUGGCCUUUCUGGUAACGCGAUCGUCGGCCCCAAUGGAGGUGGACCCGGUUUCACGGGACCACUUGGUACCCCUGCUAGCGUCCCGAGCACCAACGAAAUGAGCAAUAACCCGUUGAAUACGCAAAUGGGGACACCGUCGAGUGCAAUGUCUGCGAUUCCCGGUCUGCUGACGCCGACAGUAAGUACCGGUCGACCGCCGACCGAUUCGCAGGGCGGUCGUAUCGUCCAAGAUCGAGAGAGGGACGAGGCCACCAGGACGAAAGAGGCCGGAGGUCAACGCAGCUCCGUGUACAUCGGACAGGACAAGUUCGUCAACUAUUGGACCGAUGGGGCGCCCGCCACUAACCCCCGCGUUGUCAGUGUAAAUAUAAAUUCAGUAGCUUCCGCUGCCAAUGAGGGACCAUCGUCGUCCGUACCAUCUUUCGAGAAUCUCUUGAACAAUCAGCCAUCAGGUCGAGUCACAGCCCCGCCUGGAUUUCCGUGGAGGGAUCCGUUGGAUCAGAUCUUUGGAAUUACCACCUCCUCUCCGGUGAUAACAGCUUCGGUCGCUUCGAACACUCUGGACGAUCCGGCAGAGGCAAAUGGCUCGUUCCCUCCACGUCCGAUCAAUCCAUUCGUCGAAGUCUUCACUCCGUUCUCUAGCGUGAUUGGCACCCCAAACACAGUGUCUUCUACUCCACCAGCAGCUAAUGUUGCUCCAACAACGAUGCCACCUCCUACAACUACGACACCUGCACCCACAACUACUCCUCCUCCUACUACUACUACACCAACAACUACAACAACUACAACCACAACAACUACGACUACAUUGGCUCCAACAACAACAACAACUACAUCCACCACCCCACGGCCUGCAACGACUGCUCCAGCAACGCAAACAACAGCAACUGCUUCUCAAACCACAGCUAGUCCCUCGUCUGCAACGACUCCGUCUAGCCAAUCGAACAAUUUGGUCACGAAUACGCAGCAACAGAACGCGUUUGGCACAACGUUCGACGACUUGGCCUUUUUGAAUUCAUUGUUGCAGGGUUCCUACAGAAGUAGCACGCCCAAAACACUCACGCAGGUCGAGCAGCUUUUAGCAAACAAGAUUUUGUCGUUGGCGCUGAACAAACAAGGACCAACUCGAGCGCCAAAGGCCAUCAACGUCGAGAGUGCAUCGCCAAACUCGAUCGUCCAGUCCUCGCCAAGGUCCCCGUACGAGCCAAUAGUGAUCGAUCUAUCUCCAUCGUCAACGGCAGCAGCUCCCACGUGGAACAAAGCAACGCAGCAGCAAACCACCGAGAACUCAGUUAAUAAUUUGGUAUCCCAGCAAGUAACUUGGAAGCCAGUUUCGACCACCACCACGAAAAGAACUGUGGAAUCGAGCACAGCUACUUCACCGGCAGUUAAAACGACUCUGAUAAGCACGACCAAAGCUCCGGUGGUUAACACAAUCAAACCGGUGACAACUCCAAGACCAAGGACUACUACUCAAGCGCCACUAGGUUUCGGCGCCAGCCUCUGGCAGGCUUUGUUCGGCGGUGGGUUGUUCGCACCACCGCCCACUCCGAAGCCUGCGAAACCGAAACAAGCGAAAACCUUGCAAAAAUCUGUCAGCAUCACUCCGAAGCCUGUUCAAACGACGCAAAAGUUAGAAACCACUAAAGCAGUUCCGUCCACCACGACCUUCCGAAGCGUGGACAUUUCGAAGAUCGAAGUGAACACUCCCAGUUCCGUUGCAAGAAUUACAAAAUCGACUACACCCAGCUCGAUAUCCACUACUAAACUCUCGUUGCUGAACAAUCCAAAUCCGAGGUUGCCCAACGUUGAGAUGUCGUCGUUCACCUCCGAAGACGACGCGAAGUUCUUGCUUAAAUUGCUGCGCGUUGCUCAGGAGGAAAAUAAAGCCAGUGCCUCGAAAACGUCAUCUGGCUUGAGUAAAGACGAUGAAUCUUUCUUAAGAGCGAUAUUAAGCGGACGAUCUCUCACGACAACCCCCGCCCCGUCAACCGAAAUCAAUAAUGCUGCCUUGUUGGCGGCGUUGUUAAAGGCUCAAGGCAUAGAACCGCCGACUCCUUCGACAAACAUUAGAGAACAACUACUGUUAGCCAGCCUCGGCCAGAGCGUCACCUCUGCUCCAACCGCAUCCCCGACUACCGAGACUACGACAAUUACGACAAGGCCGCCAUCGACUGCAACUCGACCUACGGAUACCACGAAAAAGACGGUGACACCGAGACCAACCUCAGGACCAAGGAUACGCACUACAACGUGGUCGCCGAGCUCGACAUAUCCGCCCCCCCUCUUCAGUUCCUUCUCCAAUUACGGUAUUCCGGUACAGUCGCUCGGCGGCGAGAAUUCUGGAAAUGGCGCGUUAUUCGGUGCUACCAGAGCAUUCAGUCAGUUUCUCGGCGCUGCCCUCAGUGGGGCGGCGCAGCAGUUGCAGUCCUUAGUCAGAAAUGGCACUAGAAUCGUGUCAGAGGCGGUGGGUGGAUAGAGACAUCGGCAGGGAAAGAAAAUUAAUAUAUAUUCCCUAGGAUAAGAAAUUAAUUCGGUUUAUUCUCUUUAACCUGAGAAUUCGGUACGGUGGGAGCGUACGCGGGAGGACAAUUUUGCUUUGGAGGAUCUGGUGGCAGCCGAUACCUGGAACAAGCGUUCGCAUAAAUAAGAUCCUCGACGAAUCUUGCCGAUAGAUUAAGUGUUCGUUCGAUGUCGGUGGAAAACAUUUCAAACUUCAUUCUUUUUUAUGUAUAGAUCGUAGCGUUACGUGUAAUAGCUGAUAGUCUAACUUGGGUGAUUAUUGAUUACGUAUUUUAUUAUAAUCAGUGUAGAUAGUAGCGGGCAUGACGCUUGAAGCGCGAUUCGAUACCUAAUCCUUAAAACACGGGGGCCUUGAAUAACCUCCUCUAAAUAAUUUUUAUCAUUCGCGAAUUGAACGAUAUUGAAUUUAAUAUCAACUGUGUCCUCAAUUUUAAUCGAACUUCGUAUGGAUAAUUUUAUUUAGAAUUAUUUCGAAGUUGUCCAGGUCUUCCAAGGGUCGCUGUCGCCCGUGUUUUAAGUUUUAAGGGCUGGAGCCCUCGGUAGCGAGGGCGGAGACACCCGAUGACGAAAUUCUUGAAGGCUUCCGGUCUCGAGUUUUCGAUAGGAGCAAACGACGCUUUGCAAACGUUUCUGGGGUAGCGUCGUAACGGUACGGCGCCUCGUACCUCCUGAGACAUUUGUAACGUUCGUCGCAAUUAAGGUAAUUAAUCCGGGGAGGGGAAGGGUGGGGAGGGGGGUCGACGACGCGCCUUGUCACGAUUCGCGAGACAGUGACGAUCCGCGAAACGCGUAUCGACGCGGGCGCUGCCGCCCACCCACAAAGAUCGAUUCAACGGCGACCUCGUCGGCGAUGCUGCGCUAAGAAGGUUGUAAUUUAAAGUAUCUCUUGAAUGGGAGCGAGAGUGAGAACGUGUGCAUGCGUGUGAGCGAAAAAGAGAAAUAGAGAGUGGGAGAAAAAGAGA